UCCUGACAAGACAAUCACUCAUAUUUUUAUAGUUAUGCAGAUUAUGGUUUAGGCCGGCUGUAUAUAAACCUCCAGACCGGCCGAAUAGAACAGUACCUAUUUUCCUCAUCCACUAAGACAACAUGUUGAAGUUAGUAGUAUUAGCCGUCUGUGUAGCAGCAGCCUGUGCCUAUGGCUAUGGUGGUGGUUACGGCGGUGGAUAUGGUAAAGGAGGAUGGGGAGGUGGCCGAGGAGGCGGUGGAUUCGGAGGUGGUGGAUUCGGAGGUGGUGGCUACGGAGGUGGAUACGGAGGUGGAUACGGUAAAGGAGGUGGUGGAUAUGGAGGCCUAGGAGGAUAUGGAGGAGGAUACGGUGGUGGAUACGGAGGUGGAUACGGAGGAGGAUACGGAGGUGGAUACGGCAAAGGAGGUGGUGGAUAUGGAGGUGGAUAUGGAGGCCUAGGUGGAUUUGGAGGAGGAUUCGGUGGUGGAUACGGAGGUGGAUAUGGAGGUGGAUACGGUAAAGGAGGUGGAUAUGGAGGAUAUGGAGGUGGAAAAGGCGGAUACGGAGGCGGAUAUGGAGGUCUAGGUGGAUGGGGAGGAGGAUUAGGAGGUGGAUUCGGAGGCGGAUAUGGAGGUGGAUACGGAGGCGGAUACGGAGGUGGAUACGGUAAAGGCGGAGGAUAUGGUGGAUAUGGUGGAUACGGAGGUGGAUUAGGAGGUGGAUUCGGAGGCGGAUUCGGUGGUGGAUUCGGCAAAGGAGGUGGAUACGGAAAAGGUUACAGCAAGGCCUAUUAAACUGUCACGUGACAAAGAAUGGACUGGCUAUCCGGCUACAAAGUGAUCUGUCCCACACAAACAUUCGUCUGUUGAAACCCUUUAUGUUUUUUUAUUGGUUCAUUAAAUUAUGAUUGAAUUUGUAAUAA